GUCUCCUGCGCGCGUUUCCUGUUCCGGGGUCGGUAGUGUACGCUGUGUGUGUUUAUGCGCUUGUGUGUGUGUGAUGAUGAUGAUGGCGGAGCUGGUGCAGGGACAGGCCUCGGUGGCUCAGACCGGGAUGAAGGAGGGAUUCACGGACCCCUUCCACCGCGCACGACAGAUUGCUAAGAUGGGAGGAGAGCAGAUGCAGCACCUGAAUAACUCGUCUCCGGUCGUCGAUGCCUCGCUGUACGGCUACGGAGGGCAGAAACGCUCGCUGGACGAAGGAGUGGCUAACCAGCUCGGUGCAAUGGUACAUGGUACAAGGGCUAUAAUAACAGAAGACUUCAAAGUGCCUGACAAGAUGGUUGGAUUCAUCAUUGGACGAGGCGGUGAACAGAUCACAAGAAUUCAGCUGGAAUCCAACUGUAAGAUCCAGAUCGCUGGCGACAGUGGAGGUAUGAUGGAUAGGCCUUGCACCCUGACUGGGACCCCAGAAAGCAUCGAGCAGGCCAAGCGGUUGUUGGGGCAGAUCGUGGACCGGUGUCGGAACGGACCGGGCUUCCACACUCAGAUGGACGGGAACAGCGCUGUCCAAGAGAUCCUGAUCCCGGCCAGUAAAGUCGGCCUGGUCAUCGGGAAGGGAGGCGACACCAUCAAACAGCUGCAGGAGAGGACAGGAGUAAAGAUGAUCAUGAUUCAGGACGACCCGAUGCCUACCGGAUCAGACAAACCCUUGAGAAUCACUGGAGACCCUUAUAAAGUUCAGCAAGCGCGGGAGCUGGUGCUGGAGAUCAUCAGGGAAAAGGAUCAGGGAGAUUUCCGGAGCAGCCGCAGUGACUUCGGCUCCAGACUGGGCAGCAGCAUCGACGUGGCAGUGCCCAGAUUCGCCGUGGGAAUCGUCAUUGGCAGAAACGGGGAGAUGAUCAAGAAGAUCCAGAACGAUGCAGGAGUCAGGAUCCAGUUUAAGCCAGAUGACGGGAUGAGUCCGGACCGGAUCGCUCAGGUCAUGGGGCAGCCGGAUCGGUGUCAGCACGCGGUUCACCUCAUCAACGAUCUGGUCCAGACGGCACAGGAGCGCGAUGGGUUCGGAGGCCCGGUUGGACCCAGAGGUCGCGGCAGAGGUCGCGGGGAUUGGAGCAUGGGAACUCCUGGAGGCCUGCAGGAAGUGACCUACACAAUACCAGCUGAUAAGUGCGGCCUCGUGAUCGGGAAAGGUGGAGAGACCAUAAAGAGCAUCAACCAGCAGUCUGGAGCUCAUGUGGAGCUGCAGAGAAAUCCUCCUCCGAACACCGACCCAAACGUCCGGAUCUUCUCCAUCCGUGGAUCUCCUCAGCAGAUGGAGAUGGCCAGACAGCUGAUCGACGAGAAGAUCGGGGCAUCUGGAAUGGGAGGAAGCAGCAGUUUUGGACUCAGUCCUUUCACCCAAGGACCAGCGACUCCUCAUCAGAAUGGUCCGCAGACGUUCAUGACUGGAGGUUGGGGAACCACGUACCAGACAUGGCAGCCUCAGAGCCAGCAGGACCCCAGUCACAAUGGAUCUCAGACCGGCCAGAUGGACUAUUCCAAAGCGUGGGAGCAGUAUUAUAAAAAGCUAGGUCAACAGAACCAAGGCCAGAGCAGCGGCUCCGACUACAGCAAAGCAUGGGAGGAGUAUUACAAGAAACAGAGUAAGAGAACGUCUGUCCUCCUGAUGUAAGUGAAACCCAGCUGG